AUGGUAAUUGGCAAUAGGGUAUUGCUACCGCUUACAAAACGAUAUUAUAAUGCUAGAUACAGGAAAGUGUUACACCCAGAGUUAAGAGAGGAAAUUAUAGCACAUAACUGCUACUGCGAGGAAGUCAACUCGAAACUGCAUUUUGAUGAUGAGAAAAUAGACCCUGGUAUAUCUUUAAAAACUGCUGUUCCCAGCUAUGAUAAGCACGUCAUGCUUAUCUCGGAUAUAAAUAGAGGAAUGGCCAAGAAACCCGGAGUUUGGAAAAAUAUAUGGGAGUCCAGAAUCGAGAAUAAUACAACGCAUCCAUACGAUAUUAUUUCAAAACUUAACUUUGGUCCAGGGGUCCUAUUUAAUGCAAUCAGCAUAACCUCUUCAUUAGAGUCAUUUGCUCCAACUUCAUUAGAGUUUUACGACUUUUUAGUCAUGCCGGACAUGAGGUAUUACAGAGUAAAGAAACCAGAUAUAGAGAAAUUCUCUCAAUAUAUUAAUUCUGGACAUGCUGUAGCACCCAAAUUAAGCUUUAGUGAUUAUCUCAGUGGGAAAGCCGCUGCGACAACUGUCUCGAAUAAUAACCAGAUAACAUUAUCAUUAGACGACUCAAUAUAUUAUAGGGAGCUAAAAAAUGACGCUUGGUUAUUUGUAUGUGGGCAUGAAAAAAGAGACAUGAGAUGUGGCAUAAUGGGACCUGAAAUACUACACUCUGUAAAUACUGCAAACUCUAAACCGCUUGUAAAUAAUACUGGAAUAAUAUCCCAUAUUGGGGGACACAAGUUUGCGGGUAAUAUUCUUAUUUAUAAACCAAUUGAAAAUCAAAAUGGAAGAAAAAAGGUGGAUUCAUUAUGGUUUGGAAAAGUUACACCAUUUAAUGUCAGUGAAAUAGUUCAAAGUGUAAAUGAAGGAGUAAUAAUUGAAAAUAACUUCCGAGGCGGACUUUCGCUUUGA